AUGGCUAGAGAUGGCGUUGACAGCCGCAGUCCGCUGCAGGCAGAGGCGAAGCGGAACUUUGAGAACCAAAUCGUCCUAAGCCCUUCUUCUCACAAUGCCUCUGUUGCACUUGGAGCGCGGACACGGGUUCUUCGAGCGUCGGACGUCUUACUGUCGUUAGCUGGCAAGACAGAGAAUGAAACCGUCGAAGAUUCUCCAGGCGUUGAAAGUUUUGCAGAAACUGUACGUCUGUUCCCGCCUCUCAGAAAUGACGAUGGGGGCCCCAAUGGUGCUGCGGAUUCCAAAUGCCCGGAUUGCGAUGCUGUCUUCUCCUCACCGUGCGAAUUGAAACAACACUACUUGACGAGAUUCUGUCCUGGGGCAGCUGUGGCAAUCUAUUUGAUGAUGCGAGAUCGGUAUACAUGCCAUCAUUCAUCAGUUGCAAAAACUGCGGGGAGGAGUGUAACAUCUCACGAUAUCAGUCUUCGAGAUAUUCAAAAGGACAGGGUGAAUGGAGCGCACAGCAGAAGCCCAAGCAUUGCGCAGAUGAACCUUACCGGCUCUAAAUUCCAUAUUGCAACUAAUACCGCCGGGGAGCAAUCGUUUGCUCAGAGGGCCAGAAAGUUGCGGGAUUCCUGGUCAUUUAGAAGUAAGCUCCAUAAUUCCCCUGAUGAGAGACAUGUCUAA